CUGAACGUGGUUGUUGGUUUGGUAGUAUGAAGCAGAAGUUUCUGGAGAUGUUGCAGCCCUUCGGGCGUGGAAUUUCUGGAGGAAUGUUCCGACAAAGAGCCUUGACAAAGCUAACGUUUAUCAACUCACUGCUUGGACAUCCAGCACUUCAAAGUUUACACAUAAAAGUUGGAGACAAAGCUGAACUUACCAAAGCUUUUACACAGAAUGAUGUUGUUACUUUUUCCUGCUUAACGGGUGACACAAAUCCUUUGCAUUUAAAUGAAGAGUUUGCAAAGAAGUCUCGGUUCGGGAGACCUGUUGUACAUGGAGUUCUGAUCAAUGGACUUAUUUCUGCAGUUCUAGGUACUAAAAUGCCUGGUCAAGGGUGUAUAUUUCUCUCCCAAGAGAUCCGGUUUCCAGCUCCUUUGUAUAUUGGUGAAGAAGUCACAGCUGCAGCAGAAGUGAAACGGUUGAAGGGUUCUGUUGCACACAUUUCAGUAUCAUGUCAGGUCAGAGAAAGGGGGAAGACUGUUAUGGAAGGGAUGGUGAAAGUCAUGGUGCCGGACAGUUAGAGCUGUUCAUCCUGUGCUACUUUACUGUAAAGGCCAGAAAUGCUUGGUUUUGACUUUGUCUUUUUAUAUGACAUCACUGAAUCCAGUAAAUUUGCAACAAAAAAUGCUUGCAAGACAGUGCACAAACUUAA